GCUAGGUCUACGCAACGCUCAGUGGAUCAUCACGAAAACCUCUGUUGAUGUCUCGAUCUCGCGUGUAUUAACCUCAACUCGUUUCGAAGUCAGUGUCUCUUUCGACUAUCGUGCCGAAGCCACCGACACCAAUCCCUACACCGUCUUCAACCCUCUUCAUCCCGACUUUCGGACGAAACAAUACCAGGGAAGAAAUCUUUUUCUAUCGACGAGCGAGUUUUAUGCGAUUCGCGUGGUAGAAAAUCUUUUGCAAUCGAAAAGACCCGGAUACGAUCUCUCGAAUCCUCCACCGUUUUUCCUCGACAGCCAAUAAAGCUUUCGUGACUUUGCCAACCGUUAAAUCGGCCUUCUUUCAAUAACCUGCACCGACGUAGGAGCCACGUCCAGUGACGGGAAUCUGCAGCUUGGUGGGGUCGCAAGAGGACGGAAGUCGGUUCCUCUGUUUGCCGUCAAGUGCUGGAGCUCUCGCCCACAGUUGGCGCACGCAGGUUUCUUUGAUUGGAGUUGCCAACGGAGGCACCUGUUCUCUGGAAGAACAACUUGCUUUUUUUUUUCACACCUUUUUCAUUUCUAGAACGGAUAUAUUAGACUUCGCUUUUCUAUCUUCAUAACGAAAAUGGCUGCUACAUUUUCCUAUGCUCAGGCCGCUAAGGGCGUUGCUCCCUCGGUACCAGCAGCGAAGACGACGUCAGAGCCGAAUACUGUCUCGAAGCCCGAUGAGCAGGACUCGAACUCUAGUUCGCAAACCGAAAAUGCGGUGAUCUCGCAGUCGGAGGCACCUCAGGAAGCAGAGAAGACCCCCGUCAACUCGACGAAGGAAUCAGAGACUACGGCUGCCGCAACCAAGGCGAACGCAUCGGGCACAACGUCCCCCAGUGCUGGCAACUCGACUUCUACGGAAGCGAAAGACGAGGGUUCAAAUACGCCCAAUGGUACCUCGGAAUCUACCUGGGAUAAACAAUCACAGGCUUCGGGGUCUGAGAAGCCGCAGAAUGGAGACGAAAAUACCAAGGAAAAGUCCGCUGAGGACGAAAAGGAGGAAUCCCCUAAGGAGCUGAAGGCUGCCCCUCUUCCCGCGGUGAACGUGUGGCAACAGCGAAAGGAGGCGCAAGAAGCCAAAGCCAAGGUCGUGCAGUCGCUCAAGCCUGCGCCUAAGAACGGCAACGCGAAGACUGCUUCGGCAGCUUCCUCGAUAUCGGGUGAAACUCAGCAGGAACAGCCCAAGGCUGUCCCAAAGAAGAAGGGAGCCGAUGCCGCCUCCGAGGGUAACAACCGCAAGAGAACGGGCCGUGAUGAGAACGCAACUGUCCCUCCCGUUGAGGAUGCAGCUCUGUGGCCCACGCCGCAAGUCGCCCAAGGCGAGGAGAAGAAGAAGGCCCAGGAGAAGGGCGACAAGUCUGAGAAGAGCCCUGUGAUCCGACCUCAUGGCAAGGAGAAGUGGAUGCCCGUGCCCUACGUCCCUACUGCUGUGUUCAACACUCCUCUUCCGUCUGCCGCUCGCCGAGGCGGACGUACUGCCCGUGGUGGACGGGAGGGUGGUCGCAACGGCGCUCACGCUGCCGCCGCCGAUAAGGCUGCCUCUGGACAGGCGGCCCAAGGCUCCGCCAAGGCCUCGCCCGCAGACCGAGGAAGGAACGAUGCCAACUCCGCUCGCGCCAACUCCCUCCCUGCGCCUUCGAGGCGAUCGAACAGUGCCGAUGCUGGAUCUGCCGACCAGCGUAAAGCCCAGGCGACGGACCGGAGCCGUGGAGCCAAGGGUGCGGAGAACGCGAACGCUGCCCCUGCCGGGCGACAGGCCAACGGAGGCGAGACUUUCCCCCGACACCACCGCGAUGCGAAGGCCUUCAGAAACCACGAUGCGACCCACAAGGGCGGAGAACACGGCCCCAGAAACUCGAAUCUCUCCGUGGAUGCACAGGCUGGUCCCCGCUCGGGUUCGUCCAACGACCGCCGGUUCGAGAAUGGUCCCAAGUCGGCUGAUUUCUCUGGAUUCCACGGUGACCGUAAGGACAAGGAGUUCUCUCGCGAGUCGCGCGCUGACCGCGGCCGUGGCUCCCGGGGUCGCGGUGGCUUCGGUGGCUCUCAGAACUCUCACUUCGCCAACAACCACAUGUCGCACAACUCGUUCAUGCACCAGAAGUCCUUCGGCUUCAACGACCGUCAGCGAUCGCAUAACGGUAUCCCCAAUGGCUCUCAAGGCCACAGGAUGUCCCUGAGGUCACCUUCGCUGCCCAACUCUGCCACUAUGUACGGUGUCUACCAGUUCCCCGCCGACAUCAACACGAUGUAUGGCUACCAGCCCAUGCACGCCGGCCCCAUGACGGCAGUCCCCUACCAGCAAUAUAUGGAGCCUUUCUCCCUGAUGAGCAUGGUCUCCAUGCAGCUUGAGUACUAUUUCUCCGUGGACAACCUCUGCAAGGACCUCUUCCUCCGCAAGCACAUGGAUUCGCAGGGUUUCGUGGAAUUGGCGUUCAUCGGCAGCUUCAAGCGGAUUAAGACCCUGACCGAAGAUUUCGAGUUCCUCCGUCAUGUGUCCCGUCAAUUGAGAAACGUGGAAUACAUCACUGGCGAGGAUGGUCUUGAUCGUUUGCGACCGAGGGAAUGGGAGCAGUGGGUCCUGCCGUUGGAACAGCGUGAUCCUUCCGCGCAGAAGAGCGGUACCGCUCCGGCGAAGCCCAGCAAGACCGAUGAGAACGCCGCACCUCAGAACCACGUUGAAGGCGCAGUAAAUGGUACUGCUCCUCUGUCUAACGGUACUGCCGCCCCGAAGACUUCGUUGUCUUCUGAUGCGCCGGAGUUUUCUCCUUCGAAGCCUGUUAAUGAAAUCGUAAGUUCCGAACACUCCGUGGCCUGGUUUUGCUAUCCACAGGAAUUGUCUUGACUGACUUGGCGACAGCGGGCGGAUUAAAUUCUCUUGAACACCACUUCUCUUCUCCUUCCGGGAUGUUGAUCUCUUGGUAUGUCCUGUCUCCUUUCCAAGAUAUCCCUAGUAUCUACUAACUUGUCCUAAGUCGAGACGUGACUUAUGUCGGAUUCGAGGUCCAUGGCCCCGCGGUUUAUAUACACCCACAACCACCGCAGCCUACAUACCGACAUCCUGCGCGAAGAAGGCUACUCCUCUAUGGUUUUUGUCUUUUCAGUUUCUUCUUACGAACCUUUGCAGUGCUUUCCGAAACGAGUUCUUGACGAACAAAGUUUUUACGGCAACCCGAGACGGUGACCCGUGAUAUGGAUGUUCUGUACCAAUUCUGGUCGCACUUCUUGGUCCAAAAAUUUCAAUGCACAAAUGUACAAUGAAUUUAAGAGUCUAGCGUUUGAUGAUCUUGCACGAAACGUCAGCACAUGGCUUUGCCGAAUCGCCUUUACGGUUUUACUCUUUUUGUUGAGCGCCGGAGUCAUUCUCGAAGAGAUCGAAACUCGUCUGUCUUACCGCGACUGACCUCGGCCAAAGUGGACGAUAACACACCACAAGCCUUACGUUCCAACUAUGCCAGCAAAGUUUCCUGACUCCAGACAUGCAAAAAGAACUUGACUGUUUUCUGGCUGAGCCGAGCUGAAAAAGUGAUUUUGUUUUCCAUUUCUUCGAUCAACCAUUUACCUCUUCUCUCUUCCCUUGCUUUUUUCUGUUCCUUUCUAUCAAUCAUGACUUGCAUCGUUAUUCUGUCAGCUUUUAUGUUUUUCAUCAUUUGCCGACGACAUGCUUCUAUGGAGGUAAUUUCAUCUAUGCACAUUCGACGUCUCGGCUUGUGUCUGUUGAUUCUGUCCAGCUUUUUCUUCAAUUUGCUUCUUCUUUCUCCCUCUUCUUUUUCUUUUUUUUUUUCUUACUGUUUUAGUCAUGGGAGGUUUCUAAAAUUUCUGGAGUCCGGGCAUUUUUUUUACUGGGCAGUAUCUUCUGUGUUCGAUGCUUGCUUCUGGCUGAAGCUAUUCCCACAACUAUAGAAUGUGUACCCGGAUUCUCCGUUUCUUCGUUGCUUUCUUCUUUCUAAUAUGGUGACAAUGUUUCAAUUCCUGUUCUCUCGACCACUAGUAUGAAUGGUAGAAUCAGAACCAAAAAGAGAAAAAAAAAAUAUCCACAGCGGGGCGCAAAUACGAUUUUAAACUACGAAAUUGAAGCCGGCAUCGUUUUCUAUGGAAAUACCUUCUCAUUUCAACGGGUUCAUGACCAACUUCUUUACUGGAGCAUUACUGUCGCGUAUCGCCUCUUGAACUGGUCUGGAUCUUGGGCUGGCGCUUGGAUUCGUUGCAGAAGACCGUUUUAUUGAAAUCUUCUUUUCUCUUUUGGCUGUGAGAUGAUAACAUGAUAUGCAUUUUAUGGGUAGUUGAUUGAUUUUUCUGUGUUAAAUACCAUGUAUGAACACAGCUUUUUGUCAAUUCAUCUGCCAGAUUCUUCGUAGAGACUAGAAGUCCUCCAUCGGCAGAGGUUAGGAAGAACUGCCCUGAUUUAUGCGGGCGGAAAUGCAGGAGAAAUGAUUGGUUAUGCACACCAAGUA